ACAUAACAAUCUCUGGCAACCCAGUGUCAGAGCUCUACAUGUGGCAACAGUGAAACAGAUGCUGGAAUGAGUGAAUAGCAGGACCACAGGAUAGUCUAUCUGAAGCAACACCUCACACACUACAGAUUGUUAUGUUCAACAUGUGCUUGCAGUGUUUUCUGUUUGGUUUUUCAUUGUGAGUGUAACAAGUGAAGAAAUAUUUCACUCAUUAUUCAGCUCUGAAAAAAAAACAGACAGAAACAGCCUUGCAUCAUGGGGAUUGUGGUCUACAACAUCUCGACCACCUCAGCCAGAGUGAGCUGGCCGCCAUCCCCCAGCUGUCUGGACACCUUCUACAGCGUCAUGUACGACCCAAACUGGAACAGCCUCCUGAUGGGCUACAAGCGCAAGAGUUUCAUGCACGAGGAACGCAUCCCUGUCAGCCAGACCAGCACACACCUGGCCAACCUCCUCCCCCAGACUGCCUACUUCUUGUGUGUGACGUGUCAGGCAGCCAAUCCGGUGCGGGACCAGUGCCAGGUGUUCAGCACACUGAGCGAUAACAGCGAAGGUCACGACAGAGGCGGCUGGGAGCUCGCCAUGGGCGUCUGGCUGACCUGCUGCAUCUUGCUCGUGGUCAUUGCUGGAAUCCUGUUGUGGGGAUGUCUCCACACCAUCUGCUCCAUCCCCAGUCAGGCCACAGACGGCUGCCAUGUGGCAACCAAUUCAACCCACCAAGACAUGUCUGGAUCUGGACGACUCUACACUCCCAGAAGCAGUAGCGAGGACAGCACCAAACAUGCCGCCAUCACACAACGCCCCCUCUUCUCAGCGCAGACCACCAGCCACAUAAUUACCCAGGACCACGAGUUGAGGACACUCGCUAAGCUGUCUGGUACCGAGCCAGUAUGAAUCAACUGAAUUGAGGCCAUCACAGCACUCUUCUGCGCAGACUGAAUUGUCACAGAGCAUUAAUAUUAUGGUCAACUCAUGAAAUCCUAAAACUCAAAACUAAAUACUUUUUUCAACUCAUUUGAGAACUCAAUUUAACAGUCCACGUUCUCAAUUUAAAAACACAGUUUGUAAUUUCUGACGCUAGCGGUCUUGUUGACACUGUUGUCUUGUUUGUUAAAUAACCAACAUUGCCCAUGAAAUGACAUGACUAAAAGAGAAACGUUCACAGACGAGAUUAAAUGUUGGAAGCUACAUUUUUAGCUACGUUCAGCCACAUUUCCUGACUUCCUGUCCAGAUGGGUGGGAUUGUGUAUUUGUGCUUUAGAACAUCACUGCAUUGAAACAAUCAGAUAAUAAAGUUUUAUUUGUCUGAUUCACUGCUUUAUUAACACUAACUGAUACCACUAUCAGUAAACUACAUCAGGUCUUAUGGGAAAAAUUUUUCAGAAGGGCUUGGGAAAAUAGUUUUUCAUGUUUGAACAGAAAGAUAUAAAAACCUCAAAAUCAGAAAAAAAUUAUGGACCCACCCUUUUAAUGAUUCAUGCUCAACCGUAUAACACACAACUGGCAGACAGGCCAUUUUGGAAUAAAGCCGUUGUCCUCAGGUUGAAUCUGAGAUUUAUUUAUUUUUUUCAGUGAGCAAAAGUCUAAACCCUGUAUCACACAGUUCCAGAUAAUCAGUGAAGUGAAACAAGCUGACUGUGGUUGUUAGUUCAAACAAUAUGGGCAAUAACAACCUACACAUUUUAUCAUCUGUUGUUCCACAGUUAGCAGCACUGCAACAAAGACACACAGAGCUCUGUUUAUAUUCAUCACUUUACGCAUAAAACCAGAGCUUAAUGGUGGUGCAGCAUGAGAGCGUGUGCCAUACAGCCUGCAGCUCUGUUCCUCUCAUCUAUGUGGUGUUUUGAUAUUUAUGCUCUCUGGUUCAGCUAUCAGGAGCAAACUGUUCCCUCUGGGCCUCCACCUGCUGCUCCAACACACACCUGGUCCACAUGCCUUCAUAACCAGAUUAUGCACCCAGAGUCACGUAGUCUGAUUGGUUUAAUUAUGACAGACAGUCAGACAACUAAC